AUGGUCAGUUUCAGUUCAAGAACAUAUACAUUGAUUUUAUUAUCAUUAUUAAAUAUAGUUAAAGCAGCAGAUGAAGAUUAUGAUGCAACAACAACUGUUACAACCACUCCAAUUGAACAACAAACUACUACUGUAGGUUUACAAGAAGAUGUUUAUGGUACUGAAUAUAUUUUCACCGAUACAAAUGGUAUUUUAACUACUACUACUGUUUAUGGAACUACUGAAUAUGGUCCUUACACUUUAACUCCUGCUUCUGAAUCUUCAAGUAGUUCUACUAUUGCUCAAGAUGAAACUUCAGCUCAAUCAACCCAAGCUGAUGCAGAAACUUCUGCUAAUCAAUCUGAUUCUGCUUCUGCUUCUGCUACUGCUACUGCCACUACCACAACUAGUAAAUCAAGUUCUGAAGCACCAAGUAUCACUGCUGCCUCUACAGUUACUGAUGAUGCUGAUGAAGAAGAAAAAUCCAAAUCCCUUGUGGCUACUACUAGAGUAGGUAAUCCAUAUUUCACCGAAAUUAAAAUCAAUGUUCCAUCAGGUGUUUAUUCCACUUCCACCUUAUAUUCAGAAACUGUUUUGGAUUCUGGUAAAACCGCCGUUCUUGAGUUGGUUGUUUUGCACACUUCUGCUUGUUAG